UGCAUUGGUUACAUGAUGAUAAAACUGCUUGUGAUUCUGGUUUCAGAGGAGACGCUGCUGCAGUGCACUGAUCUUGCAUCCUGUGUCCGACUCCUAAAACCUGAACACCUAACCACUGGCCUGGAGCUCAUUCGCCGAAUUCAGGAGCGUCUUGUGGCCAUCCUCCAGCACUCCACUCAGGACUUCCGUGUAGGAUAUCAGUCCAAGACUGGGCCAGACCAGGAGACCGCACAGGCCUCUAAUCUGGCUAACCACACAGACACCAACAAAGAGUCCAAAUCUGAUGGAGACUCUGACAACAACAACUGCGCCGGCGAGGACCCCGGCGAUGAAGCGGAGGAGGAUGACGAGUAUGACGAUGAAUACGUUCCAGAAUGGCACGAGGAUUACGAUGAGGAAGAUAUAGAUGAUGAUGACUUCUUUUCUGAUGAUGACGAAUCUGAAAACUUAGAGAGGGACUUCAGCCCUUUGGACUAAAUGACCCUGAGAGCGAUACACAAUGCUUACACGAUGCCUACCCAUGUAAAAGUAGACACUACAAAUUCCACACCCAUAUAAGAACAAAAAAAAGUUAUGGGAAUCCAGAGUUUGGAGUAGGUUUUUCUAUAACGUGGUUUUUGCUUCGCACUUAGCACCUACUUUGAGCCCUAGCGUAAAUUCGUCGUUACACCAAAAGUGGUAUUUCACGUUUAUUUAGGUUUAUGCUACAGUUUCAUUAACUUAACGAAAUUGUAACUUCGUUCAUGGCUGAUGAGGGUACUUUAAGUUCAAUGAAGGAUCUUAAUUAUUGAUGUCAUAUUGUAGAGGUAUUAUGUUUUUGAAACCAUUCAUAGUUUUGUUAUUAACAAAUUAGAAUUUGUUGGGUCAAAAAUUGAAAAAGCUUUUUUUUUUUUUAUCUGGUCAAAGGUGUUGGCAUUGUGUAUUUGGUUUGAACACCAAAAGCACUUGCCUUUAUUCCAUUUUAAAUUCCUUUAAAUGCCUUCAUAUAUGACGUUAAGUUGGUUGAUCACCAUUUGAAUGAUUGCAAGCAUUUGGAAAUAUUUGCAAAGAUUUUGAAGAGAAAAACAUCAGCAUCCGUGUUUAAGGGCUGCAUGAAAAAUGACUAGACGGUCAGACAACAGUCCAUGACGAGGAUGGUGCUUCAG